AUGGGAAACCAUACAAGAGUGACUGUGUUUGUCUUGGCAGGUUUGACUGAUGACCCACAAUUGAAAGUUGUGUUGUUUAUCUUAUUGCUUCUCAUCUAUUUGUUCAGCAUCACUGGCAAUCUAACCAUCAUCACACUCACCCUGUUAGAUAUACAACUGAAGUCUCCCAUGUAUUUUUUCCUUCGGAACUUUUCCCUCUUAGAAAUCUUGUUUACUACUACAUGCAUCCCUAAAUUGCUGGUUAUGAUGGCAUCUGGAGACAAAAACAUUUCCUAUAACUGUUGUGCGACACAGUUGUUUUUUGUCAUCCCUCUUGGAGCAUCUGAAUUUUACCUGCUGGCAGCCAUGUCUUAUGACCGCUAUGUUGCCAUCUGUAAGCCCCUGCACUACACAGCCAUCAUGAACAGCAAAGUCUGUGUACAUCUGGUCCUCAGUUGUUGGCUCGCUGGGUUCUUUUCCAUCUUUCCAGGACUCAUCAUGGGUCUAAACCUUGACUUCUGCACCUACAACGUCGUUGAUCAUUUCAUCUGUGAUGCUUUUCCCCUCCUUCAGAUCUCCUGCUCAGACACGUGGCUCAUCAAAAUUAUUGUUUUCAUCUCAGCUAUUGUGACACUCUUGGUCACGUUGGUAAUGGUGAUAACAUCGUACACCUACAUUGCAUUGAGGAUUCUAAAAAUCCCUUCCUCUAAUCACAGGAGAAAGGCAUUUUCCACGUGUUCUUCCCACAUGAUUGUGAUCUCCCUCUCCUAUGGCAGCUGCAUCUCCUUGUACAUAAAACCCUCGGCCAAACAGAGACUAUCCUUUCACAAGGGAACUGCGGUGCUCUAUACCUCGGUUGUCCCACUUUUAAAUCCUUUUAUUUACACCCUAAGGAACCAACCAGUGAAGAAAUCUUUCGUGAAUAUCAUAUACAGGGUUUUCUCUUACUCGAAGAAAUGA